GAAGGUGCCAUCGAGCGGCUCCAACAUGAGGAGGGUUUUCGUCUGCCUGGCUGUCUCGCUGCUGACGGCUCCGCUAAUCGCCGUCCAAGCUAUCGAUGAGCUGCAUCCUCGUCACCCAUCGCCUUCAUCGCGAUACCGAAUUGGAACCGUGGAUGAGGUCGAAAAAGAUGCGGCCCAUUGGCACAACCAAGCGCAGGCGACGCUUUUAGACACACUGCGCCAGCAGCGGCUUAUGGGGCACGCCAAGAACGUCAUCAUGUUCCUGGGCGACGGCAUGUCCAUCCCCACUAUGACUGCGGCGAGGAUCCUGCUGGGACAGCGCUCCAACACCACAGGGGAGCAGGCACAGCUCAGCUUCGAGAAGUUCCCCUACACCGGACUAUCAAAGACGUACUGCGUCGAUGCUCAGACAGCUGACUCGGCGUGCACAGCGACCGCCUACCUGGACGGAGUGAAGACCAACAUGGGUGCCAUCGGCGUGUCGGCGGCCGUCCCAGUCGGAGACUGCUUAGCGCAGAACAACACGGAGUACCACACCACCUCCAUCGCCCGCUGGGCCCAGGACGCGGGUAAGGCCACGGGUGUGGUGACCACCGCGCGCAUCACACACGCGUCACCGGCUGGAGCGUACGCCCACAUCGCGGACAGGGACUGGGAGUGCGACGCCGACAUCCUGGACUCCGGAGCGACUACCGACACCGAGGUGUGCCCAGACAUCGCCCUCCAGCUGGUCACCUGGGAGACAGGACGCAAUUUCAAGGUGCUGUUGGGCGGAGGUCGCAGCAAAUUCAUUGGCAAUGAAACGUCCGACGUCGCCGGCACUGUGGGCAGCAGACAAGACGGCAGGGACCUGAUAUCAGAGUGGCUGGACGACCACCAGCAGCGGGGCAACGCCAGCUACGUCUCGAACCUGGAGCAGCUCAGCAGAGUAGACAUCGAAAAGACCGACUACGUGCUGGGCCUCUUUGCAGAGAGCCAUAUGGAGUACAACCUGGAGGCCCCGGACACACAGCCGAGACUCGUGGACAUGACGAGGGCGGCCAUACAAAUUUUGCAGAAGGAACCCAAUGGAUAUUUCUUAUUCGUUGAAGGUGCGCGUAUCGACAUGGGGCACCAUCAUAACUGGGUGCACAAGGCGCUGGACGAGACCAUCGAGAUGUCCGAGGCGGUCCAGCUGGCGGUCGACAUGACCAACGAGGCCGACACGCUCAUCGUGGUGACGGCCGACCACGCCCACACGAUGAGUGUCAGCGGAUACCCAGCGCGUGGCAACAACAUCCUCGGCAUUGCGGAUCUGGACGAUAACAAGAUUACCCGCAUGACUGUCAACUACGCAAACGGCCCAAGCUACGAAGAGGGCCGGAAUAUUACUGAGAAAGACAACACCAGCGCCCCCAACUUCCAGCACCCUUCGGCGCAGCCGGUGAGUUCAGAGACGCACGGAGGGGACGACGUGGCGGUGUUGGCGCGCGGGCCCUGGGGACACCUGUUCGUGGGCGUCCACGAGCAGAACUACAUCCCGCACGCGAUGGCGUUCGCCCUCUGCGUCGGCGACGGACCCAAGGCCUGCGACAGCAGCGACUCUGCUGUCCAUCGUGCCACCGUCUUCUCUGUUGUUGUCUCGGCUGUCGUCGCCUACCUGGUCGGGAGACGCUAGGGAGAGGAGGUGAAUACUCUUCCCACAGGAGUUUACAGGGAUGAACACAGGAAAUUUGCAGAAGAGAAUUAUCAGGUGUAACAAAAUAAAAAGAAUUGUAAAUCAGAGUAAAGCAAUAAAUUAUGUUAUUUGACUGGCA